UUGCCCCAGAGGGAGGAGGAGAGAACACACCAAGGAAGGGUCGAGGCCUAGAAUGGAAUGGGGGCGGGCCCGGGGAUGGGGUGGACCCCCUGAGCUCCUAGGCUCCGCGGCUGGCUCUGAGGCUAACUGGCUUCGUAGGACGCAGCUGACUUCGCUGCCCAGAUGGCCUCCAGGCUGACCCCACUGACCCUCCUGCUGCUGCUGCUGGCUGGGGAUAGAGCCUUCUCAGAUUCCGAAGCUACCAGCCACAGCACCCAGGAUCCACUGCUGGCUGAAGCGGAGAGCAUAGACGGCUUCCCUGAAAGAGAUGACUCCUGGAGACCCCCUGAGCCUCCAGUACAGUCCUCUACCCAGCCAACCAUCAGUGUAGCCACCAAAAUAGCAAAUGACACCAUGGACAAAGUGGCCAAGGAGUCCUUCAUCCAGCCAGCUGCUCAGCUACCCAUGGAUUCUCCCAGCCAGCCCCCUCUGAAUUCUUCCAGCCAGUCCCCUGUGGGUCCUUCCAGCCAGCCCUCCACAGCCACAGACCCUUCCAGCCAGUCUCCCACGAAUUCUUCCAGCCAGCCCACCACAACCUCAGAUCCUCCCACCCAGGCUCCUACUGAACCCUUCUGCCCGGAGCCACUUGCUCAGUGCUCCGAUUCAGACAGAGACUCCUCAGAAGCUACACUGGCGGAGGCUUUGACAGAUUUCUCUGUGAAGCUCUACCACGCUUUCUCAGCUGCCAAGAUGGCUGAGACCAACAUGGCCUUUUCCCCAUUCAGCAUUGCCAGUCUCCUCACGCAGGUCCUUCUUGGGGCUGGGGACAGCACCAAAAGCAACUUGGAGAGCAUCCUUUCCUACCCCAAGGAUUUUGCCUGUGUCCACCAAGCACUACAGGGCCUUUCCUCCAAAGGUGUCACUUCUGUGUCUCAGAUUUUCCACAGCCCAGAUCUGGCCAUAAGAGACACCUAUGUGAAUGCCUCUCAGAGCCUGUAUGGAAGCAGCCCCAGAGUCCUGGGCCCAGACAGUGACGCUAACUUAAAACUCAUCAACACCUGGGUGGCUGAGAACACCAACCACAAGAUCAAUAAGCUGUUGGACAGCCUACCCUCCGACACCCGCCUCGUCCUUCUCAAUGCUGUCUAUUUGAGUGCCAAGUGGAAGAAAGCAUUUGAUCAAAAAAAGGCGAUGGAAUCUUUCCUCUACAAGAACUCUGUGAUUCAAGUGCCCAUGAUGAGUAGCAAAAAGUACCCCAUGGCCCAUUUCAAUGACCAGACUUUGAAGGCCAAGGUGGGACAGCUGCAGCUCUCUCACAACCUGAGCUUUGUGAUCAUGGUACCCCAGAGCCCGAAGCAUCAGCUUGAAAACAUGGAAGAGGCGCUCAACCCCACAGUCUUCAAGGCCAUCAUGAAGAAGCUGGAGCUGUCCAAAUUUCAGCCCACUUAUCUGAUGAUGCCUCGUAUCAAAGUCAAGAGCAGCCAAGACAUGCUGUCAGUCAUGGAGAGACUGGAAUUCUUUGACUUCACUUACGAUCUCAACCUGUGUGGGCUGACUGAGGACCCAGAUCUUCAGGUGUCUGCCAUGAAACACGAGACAGUGCUGGAACUGACAGAGACAGGCGUGGAAGCAGCUGCAGCUUCUGCCGUCUCCCUGGCCCGAAACUUACUCAUCUUUGAGGUGCAGCAACCUUUCCUCUUCCUGCUCUGGGACCAGCAACACAAGUUCCCAGUCUUCAUGGGUCGUGUAUAUGACCCCAGGGGUUGAGACGGGCAGGAGACAGGCUUGAGUAAACACUGCCACCCAAGCUUCAGGUCCUCCGGUUAUUUCCUUGACACUGCCUGCCCUAGCCCCUUAGGAACUGGCAGACGGAACUGUUUCCAUCCACCAACCCCUAGAGUAUCGAGCACUUUUUUGCAGCUUUUACGGUUCAAGCUUGUCAAACUCUACAAAUAAAACUUGCAGGCAUUUUCUUCUCUCA